AUGCGAGCAACACUGUUUCAAGAAGACUCGGGAUGCCUAGGUUCGGAUGGGACCCUCGAAGAGGGGGAUUUCACGGUGGACAAUAGUAGUAGUACCUCAACAGCUGGCCCAUUUACGGAGACCCCGCACGGCGUGGAUCGUCUGACGCGUUUGUGGAACCUGGAGAUUACGAACGUGUGCCGAAGUGAGGGGACCUCGCCGGCCAGCUCAACCGUCACACGUAAUCUGGCGGGACGGAUCGGUCAUCCCCGGCUGACAUCCCCGGGCAGUAAAAUUGGCACCUCCAUCCCGAGUCUCCGACACAGCCAAACGAUAAGCAACACAAGCACCUGUGUCUCACCCGUCGGCAGCAGCGUCCCAAGGGAGUGGGGGAAGUCUUUUCGGCUCUUUAACACCAGCCGUUGCUUUGGGAGUACGUGUGGACUAUGGGUGCGGGAGAGCAUCCAUAUGCAUCGCUCUAAUUUAAUGAACACCUUUUAUGGGAAACCGGGACUCGAUAAUGACAGAAGCCCACAUACCUCUCCACAUGGCAAACAUAAUGGAACUUCCAGCUGUGGAUCGCCCUGUCUGUCGUACUACGGCAACACGUCAUCCUUUGAUAUUCUGCGUGGAUCAAGUAUCGUUUCAUUCUAUACGAACGUGAUCAAUAGCCCUGGAAUGAAUUCCCAUGAUCUGACACCAUCCAUAUCUCCUCAAAGCCCAUUGCGCCACACGGGCAUUCCUACUAUUCUUGUCUUAGCCAAAUAUGCUACAGGAGGGGGACAGUUGUUGGAAUCUUCACUUUUAAGAUUUCAAAAAGAGCUCCCCACUUUGUUAUCCGUUUUGCGAACUUUUCUUGCGUUAAAUGGUGAAACCAUUAUUGUGAGUGACAAUGAUCAUCGUGUUGAAAUUAAACGUGGUGGCAUUAUAGGUGUAGGUGGGUUUGCCAAAGUGUAUGUUGGAGUAAACACUGUCAAGGGUGAACUUGUAGCCAUAAAGGAAAUUAAAAUGGAUGAUGUCGACGAUGUCAAAGCUUUAAAAAUCGUAGAGAAAGAAUUUGCCUUGUUAAAAUCGCUUAGACAUCCCAAUAUCGUCAAUUAUCACUUUUUUGAGCACAGUCGAUCACAGAAAGUGUGCCGUAUAGUCAUGGAGCUGCUCGCUGGGGACUCUAUGCUACAGCUCUUGCAGCGGUACAGGCCUCUCAAGGAAACCGUUUUGCGUAAAUUAGCACGUGAUUUGCUAUCUGCCAUUAAUUAUAUUCACAGAAAUGGUAUCUUUCAUCGUGAUAUUAAACCCGCAAAUAUUUUGAUCGAUCACCAUGGGAAGGUUAAACUCUGCGACUUUGGUUCUGCUAAGCGCGUUUUCGAGAUCAGUAGGCCCACCAGCUGUAUUAUUGGCACGCCUGUGUACAUGUCUCCUGAACUUAUCAAAGGGGAAGCAGAUCACAAGGCUGACAUUUGGUCUUUUGCGUGUUCGCUCUUUGAGAUGGGGACUGGGUUGUCACCUUGGCACCACUCGGGGGUGAAGGAUAACUUGCCCCUUAUGUUUUACAUCAUUACAACUUCCGAGACUCCACUGGCUUCCUUUUCACGUGGAACUGGGUGUGAUUUUUCGCUCGAAUUCUUAAAUUUUCUCGAACUCUGCUUCACACGAGAUCCCGAACGACGACCCGACGCUGAGGAGUUGCUAGGUCAUUCCUGGCUUAGCAACAAUGGCAGCAGCUCGGUCGAUAUGACGACCGUAAUGCUAUCGGAUCGAUUGUCCCCUCCCACCGCUGGGGCCGGCGUGCACGUCGUCGAUGGAGUCAUCCCACAGCUCCAGACAUUCAACACGUUUGGUACGAGGACACCAAGACAGCGCUCCAGUUUAUUCUUUGAUAGGACUUUUACCGGGGACAAUUUCUCCAAUAGUGACCGAGAUAUUGAGAUCAAGUCCGCGGCCUCCACACAGACCGGUGCGCCUUUUGAGGAAGAAAUCCUCUGCCAGCACGAAUUAGAGGAAAUUGCCGCUAUCAUUGCUGUCGAACGGUGCACAAGACUGAUGGUUUCACCAGAGUUGGGAGCGCGUUCUCAUGACCGUGUCCUGCCGGAAGUAAGUGGUGGCACUAGGGAGAAUAGCUUGGUAUUCCCAAGGAACAUUUCGGUUACCCCAUCAUCAUCCAGCCAACGUGGGUAUGUCGGUGCCAGUAUAGACUUUCCAUCCUCCGUCUUCUCACCUGAGCAUUCGAUUGUGCAUGAGAACUUCCAUUUUAACUACACCCAGCUAGGGCAAUCUGCCGGUAAUUUUUUCUUGCCCAAUGACGUGCCUGAGUUUGCCUUUCAACAGUAUUUGCGUAUUAACGAUUUUGGCAACUUGGAAUUCGCAAACGUGACCGAGUACGAUAACAAUAUACAAAUGGAAAGCAGUGUUCUCCUACCGCGAUCUACUAGUGGCGAUACCAGUCCUUUCUCCAUUAGCUAUAAUAGUCGCUUUAUUAACCCUUUACACAGCGGUUCAUUAAGCUGGCGAAGUACCACGCCCACUCCAGGGGAACGUCAGCUUGCGUCUCCCAAGAAUACAGGUUCUAUUCUUACCAUGGCACCCCGUAGUGAGUCUCCGUUUUUGCACAACACAAACAUGCAUUCACACACUUGUCUACCCACCUCAUCCAUACCUUUACUCACGAGACCGAAUGGACUCGCUCGUGCGGUGUCUUCAACGCCCUCGGGAACCUACUUGACCAAUCUCAACAGUGAGGAUCUCUCCCAGCUGCAUUCCCCGCUAUCAAUAGCCUCCCAGCGAAAAUUCCCCCUUGUCAUGCUCUACGAAAAAGUCAAGCCUCAAGCCGAUGGAAAGCUACACAUGUCGUUCUGCGUCAACACAGCCCAUGGCGAUGAGAUGAACGUCGAACUAAAAGUCGAUGUCAAUAAUGUUCAUUGUAAGAUGAUUGACAAUCAGCCGAACUUCUUUAUAGCCUUUAGUGACAGCAUCAAGGAACAAAUUACGCUAAAGCUAAGGGAAGCCGCACAGUCUUCGGAGGAAGCACCUUUUCACGGAUCAAGUCGUGCCUCGACACCUUAUGGCACCACUAGCUACAGUGUGCAUUCUAAUUAG